AUGAAAAAAUUCACCAGUCGAGUUAAUAUUAGGUAUGGCUACUAUCCAUUUGUUACAUCAUUAAUUUUUUUUGCUUUGCUAGUUGUAUCUAGAAGGCUUUUAACAAUUAGAUACGCAAGAAGGAGGUUUAGUCUCGUGAAAAGAUAUAAUACUAGAAAUUUUUUUUUCAAAUUCUUUUAUGAAUUAAAGGUAUUGCAUCUUUCCAUUUAUCUUUUAAUCCCCCUUGUUAUAUCCUUUGUCGUAUAUCCAGUUAACGUCCCACUUAGAAAAAUCCCAGGGAAAAUUUAUUACAAAAGACUGGGAAGAUUAAGCUAUGUUUUAGCCAGUCUAAAUCUUUUAAUUACAUUAAGAUCUAAUAUUUUAUUAAAGGUUAGUAAGUUUAAUUAUACUGAUAUGAUACCUUUGCAUAAAUGGCUAUCAAGAUUUAUAUUUAUUACCAUGUUCGUUCACAGUCUUGUGUAUAUGGUCGUAUGGCAUAUUGAUGACAUUGUUGUGAAAAAAAUGUUUAAAAAUAAAUAUAACCUAGUUGGGUUUAUUAUAUUUGUCAUCUUCUGUGUAUUAUUUCCUUUAUCGAUUAGGUUUUUAAGAAGAAAGUAUUAUAAAUUAUUUUAUAUGAUGCAUCAUUUGACAUUAAUUGCAUUUAUCUUUCUAACACCCUAUCAUGCAAGACCAUCUGUAUUAGUACCAUAUUUUUAUUUUGAUAUUGCAAUUUUAGCAAUAAUAGUAAUCCAAAAACUUUUUUAUUCUAGAGUUAAAACUAUUAUUAAAAAAGUUGACAUUCCAGGUUCAAAUUUGAAAUUAAUAAAAUUACCCAAGUUCACUAUUUUUGGUCUCAAUAACACUAAUUUUGCACCAGCCUCACACCUACGUAUUUCUCCUUAUCAUAUAUUAAAUCCAUUAUUUUGGAUGCUACCUACUCAUCCCUUUUCUAUAGCUUCACUCCCCGGUGAUGAUACAAUAGAUUUAAUAGUUAAAGAAAAUUCUAACGGGAAAAUACCCAUGAUGAAAUCAUUAAAAUUAAAAGAAAAUAAGAGAUUUACAAUUACAAAGCAUUUUGAAUCUGCUGUACCAGUUAGCUGUUUAAAUAAUUGUGAAAAUUUGCUUAUUAUUGUUGGGGGUAGUGGUAUUGGAUAUGGGCUACCUAUUUAUAGAUAUUUCCAAGAUCAAAAUAUGAAAAUGGAAAACGGAGAUGGUAAUAGGAAAAUUAAAAAUAUUAGAUUGUAUUGGGUUAUUAGUAAUCACAAUGAUUUAAAAGUAUUAAAAUAUGUAGAAUCAUUGAAGGACUAUGAAGCUGAGAUUAAGAGAGAUUUCCAUAUUUAUAUUACUAGAGAAAGCCCUAAACAGGUAAUUGAGUAUAGAGAUUCCGCUGAAGUUAUCGAAUUGGAAGAGAUACAUGUGACUGGCAAAUCUGAUUCAAGUGUUGAUGAUUGUAAGCAUGAAGUAUUAGAAGAUUGUAAGCAUGAAGUAUUAGAAGAUUGUAAGAAUGAAGUAUUAGAAGAUUGUAAGAACGAGGUUUUAGAAGAUCAAGUUAGUGUUGAGAAUGACGGAUUAUUUGAUAUUUCUAAUGAUACAUUUGCAAGUGUCAAUUAUAAUAGAAGACCUAAUUGGAAUUCUGACUUCAAAUAUUUGGAUGAAUUCGAUGAAUUCGAUGAUGUGGAACAAAUUAGGGAUAAUACAUGGAUAUUAGGAUGUGGUCCUAAUGGAUUAAUUAAAGAUAUUAAAUUAUUAGCCAAUAGAAAAAAUGUUAACUAUUCUAUUGAAUCAUUUGAAUUUUAA